UGGAACGCACCCUAGAUGAGAAAAUGUUGGUACUAACAAAAUUCUCUAGGCAAUGCAAUUUCAAUUUCCGCAGGUUGGUAACACUGUUGAAGUAGUAAAUCCGGACCGCGCGCGAGAAUGACGUCGUUUCAUUCCAUCCUUUUGCAUAUCGCUGUGAGAACGUAACGGGCGCAAGGUGGAUUGGCUCCGGAACAAGCGGCAUCGCGAAUCUCUUAUUGAUCGCGGCAAGUCUGAUAUGUGGAAUGUGGACCGAUGCCGGUGCCAAUGUCGCGCCAUAUCUAUUCUGUCGCGGCAAGUCUGACAUGGAUCGGUGCCGGGGCAAAUGUCGCGCCAUAUCUACUCGACGGUCACAUCAUCGAUUAUUCAUGUGGGCAAUCGACAUGUAGAGACGCGUAUCUAGCGAUGCCAGUAUCGAAACUUUCCAUCGUCGUAUUACACGGAGAGGAUGGAUGCUGCAAAAAGAUUCGGCGUAUCGCGCGUCGCGGCGUCACUCGCUUGCAGUUGAUCGCGCGAAAGAGACGAAGUCAUUCACGUCAGCUUAAUUUGCGUAUCACUUUCAGAUCGCGACGAACGCAGAAUGGACUGAUUCCGGAACAAGUGGCAUCGCGAAUCACUUAA